UAAAUAGGCAUGACUCAAUUUUACAGCUGGUGGAGUAGCGGGGUUUUAACUCUGAGUGCCCUAAUUGAUUGUAGUUACUUUCCAUGCGAGGUUUCUGGCUGUAGUAAUUAGCCUCCAGCGCAGCAGGUGGCGUCAGAGAGCCGGUUCGACCACCAGGCGUUCGAUGUUGGUCAGACAAAAGCAACCCGCGGAAGAAAAAUGGCGUCCAGAAAACGAAGUGUGGUGUGGUCGUUUUUUCAUGACGACCUGGCUUCGAAGAGGGCAGUAUGCCUCGUAUGUUCAGAGAAUAUCCUACACUGCGGUAACACUACGAAUAUGCUGAAGCAUUUACGAUCGAAGCACCAGGAAGAGCUUGCCGAUGCCGUAAAGAGCAGACGCUCCGGGGAUGGGACGAGGGUGGCAGGGCGCAACCAUGCAAUAGACAUCUCCGAGAACGCUGCAGAAAUCCAGGUGUCCGUCACGGGAGAACCUGUCGAGCAUGAGCACCUGAUGGCGGGCAGGGCGGUCAGUGACAUCAUCAGCGAGGCCUACAGCUUUGCGGUGACUAAGAACAAGAAGCGCAGCGCGGUGUGGCGGUACUACCAGGACGGCAUCGACCCCAACAAGGUGCUGUGCCUGGUGUGCUCCGAAAGCAUCAACUACCCCCAGAACACCAGCAACCUGCUCCGCCACCUGCGCAAGAAGCACCCGAGCGAGUACGCCGACAUCGAGGACAAGGUGAGGGAACGCUCGGACGACGGGGGCCGGCGGCACUGUGCGGCGGAGCCCGGCUUGCGCAACGGCGUCGCCAAGAACAACCCAGCAGAAGCAGGAGGAGAGCCGUCAGAACAGGAGCGUCUGGUGAGGAAGGAGGACACGGGCGCCGUCGUCUGUGACGUCACCGAAGAAGCCAACAGUUUGUCCGCAACGCCAAUCAAAAAGCGCAGCCCGGUGUGGCAGUAUUACCAGGACGGCACGGACGCCAGCCGGGCGCUGUGCCUGGUGUGCUCCGAAAACAUCCACUACCGGCAGAACACCAGCAACCUGCUCCGCCACCUGCGUAAGAAGCACCCGAGCGAGUACGCCGACAUCGAGGGCCGCACACAGAGGGGGGGUGUGGAGGACGCAGGGGCAGACAGGCCCCCCACCUUCAAACGGCCCGUCCCACCCAGCGCCUGCCGGAGCUCAGACAGAUGCAGCACAGACGCGCUGGAGGUGGCAGCGGAGCAGUCGCAGCAGAUGCGCAGGACGCUGGAGCAGGAGACGCGGGCGCUGGAGCGGGAGCGGGAGCUGACGGAGCAGCUGCGGAGGGCGCAGCAGCAGGAGGCGCGGGCGCUGGAGCAGCAGAGGGAGCUGACGGAGCAGCUGCGGCGUGCGCAGGAGGAGGAGAUGCGGCGCGUGCGGGAGCUGGAGACGCGCGCGCUGCAGCAGGAGCGGCAGGCCGUGGAGCAGCUGCGCAAGGCCCAGGAGCAGGAGAGCCGCGCCAUCGAGCGCGAGAGGGAGGCGCUGGAGCAGCUGCGCCGGGAGCUGGAGGAGGACCGCAAGGCGCUGCAGAGACACUGGGACCUGCUGGCGCAGAACAGAGUCGCCAGCAUCGGCGAGGCUGAGGUCAAAGGUCAGGGAGAGAUGGGGCUGGGCCUGGAGGCAGGGGACGUGGAGAUGGUUGUCAUGACGACGUGAAGGAAGAGCGGGAAGAAGGGAAGCGACGACAUGGAGGCGACGUGGCAGGAGUGAAUGGAACGAGUGAUGGAAGAAUAUCUCGCCAAUCCACUGCUGCCACUGAAUCAGCCCGACCGGUUCCUCAGUCCUGCCCGUCCACAGCCACACCCAGCUGCCGCACCCAGCUGCCAGGUGACGCAGCGGCCCGCUCAGUGGAUCUAUGCAACGUUCAGCCCGGCCGUACGGCACUCCACCCCAGCCGCCACCUCCAGGCGGCUCCAAACCAGGACCAACGACACCCAGCCUCACACGUGGGUGACAUGAUCUGGACAUUGGUUUCUCCUUUUUAUGAAAAUAAACUCUAUGGCUCGAACCCUAAUUACCUGAAGUUUUUUUUUAAAAAACAUCUUUCCUCUUUAGUAGAAGAACAGGUCAGAGUGGUCCCCCUCACACAAAUAUUUACAUACAUGUUUUUAAUAGUCCCUUCUUUGCCUCAAAUAUAACUCAGUUACUUAGUGUGUAACUUCCAUAAAGCCAGGUUUUGUGUCACUGUUCUCUCUGCUUGGGAAAGAAUUUAUUUUUAAACCCUUUUCUAUAGCCUGUCAACCAUUACAUUUUCCUGUGUGACUAGUUUCUGUUGGUUUAAGGCAUGGGACAUGAAGUGUCUAACAGAGGAUUAACUGCAUUUCUACUGACAGCUGUCACAGAACAUAGAUGGGCAAUAAA